UGCUGUUACACAUCAUAUAAAGAUCUAGAGAAAGCCACACCCCUAACGCCGCCGCCGCCUUCCUACCUUCAUGGACAAUUUGAUUAUCAGCCGCCGCCGCCGCUUUCGCCGGCACUUGCAGUCGGAAUUAGGGGAAGAAGACUACCUGAGUAAUCUCCCGGACGAGCUUCUCCACCACAUCCUCUCCUUCCUCCCCACCCUCGACUCCAUCCGCACCUCUGUUCUGGCCCGCAGGUGGCGGCACGUCUGGACUUCCGUCCCGGUCAUCGACUUCUCCUACCUCCCGCUAAAAUCCAGCAUCAUCGACCGCUUCUUGGCUUCCCGCGGCGGCGACUCUUUCUCUCGUCUUCACUUCACCGGACUCCGCCGCGUUGAUCGCGAAAAUGUCGUCUAUAAGUUGGUCGAAUAUGCCAAAUCCCACGAUGCCCAGCACGUGACUCUCCUCGAUUUCUUCUUCGAGCAAUGCCGCCUUUCUCUUUUCGACCUCCUGUUCGAUUGGCCAUCGCUCGUGUCGUUGGAUCUCCGAGUCGUCGGCUGUAAGAGUCGCACAUUAUCCAAAUGCAUCUUCAGAUUGAACAAUCUCAAGACUCUUUCCCUCGCACUCCCCGAAAACACAAUUCGUAACGAGAGCUUGGCGAAGCUGCUCUCCGGCUGCCCUGUUUUGGAAGAACUAAAAUUGAAUGCAGACUAUCUCUGGGACGACGAACUCAUUCAAAUCGAAGCCCCAAAUCUUCUCCGAUUAACUCUGAUUCCUACUCCAACGAACCUUCAAAUCAAUUGUCAAAAACUCGAAUAUCUAAGGCUAAAUCCCGACUUCAGUUUCAUGUACUUGCAUGUCGAAGCGCCCUCUUUGACCUCUGUUCGAUUAUACAAUAUUUGGCGCUUUAGGACAUUUGCUCAUACGGUAUGCGACGUGACUGCAGUAGCUAUAAUUUUGUCAGAUGAAUGUCUUUCGGGCUUUUCUCCUAAAUUCUUGAGAAAAUAUAAGGCCGUCAUCCAAGGGUUUCCCAUCUUUCACAACCUGCUCGAGUUGAAAAUCAAAAUAUAUGUUGCAGAGAAGUUGAGCUUGGACAUCGUGUUAGAUCUUCUUCGAUGCGCACCGAAUCUGCAGUCGCUCGUUGUAACUGCGUACAAAAAGGCACGGUGGUAUGAUGAGGAUUUCGACGAGUGGGAGAAGAGUUCAUCAUCGAGGAUUAAUGAGCCAUUGGAGCCAUUGGAGCAUCUGGAAAGAGUUUCGGUGAAUAUGAAGAGCAAAAGAAUCAGAUCGGCGUUUCUGAAGACUCUCUCAGAUAGAGUUCCAACGUGGGAUCGAGCAGUAGUCUCCUAUUAAAUUUUGAUAUGUUAAUACUGAUUUUGUUGACUUUGUGACUCGAGUAGCAGUCUCCUAUUAAAUUUUGAUAUGUUAAUACUGAUUUUGUUGACUUUGUGUCAUUCAUCCAAUGCAAUGUUUUAACAAAUUAAUUAA